AUAAACCUUGAAUUACUAACUGCCUGCAAAGCCGUUCUUUACAGCGCUGGCCAAAUCAACGACUUUGAACGUGGAUGUUGAUGAAAAACACACCAUGUAUUGCAUAUGCGAAGAUACAAAUACAUGUCGUGCAGUCUAGAGUUUUGUUAGUGGUUUCACGAUAAAAGAGCUGAGAUGUCUCGAGAAACAGUCAGCUUCAACCAGUCCGGCCCGACGCCCGUGUGCGCUGACGAAGGAAGUCUUACAUCCCGCACAGGCUGUUACGUUAUCACCCUCACCUUCUCACAGCCGACUCAGAUUGGUGAAAUAACGUUUCGGAAUUACUACACAUGGGGCGUUGGUGUGCACGUUCUGCGGGCGGCCACCUCUUCCCCGUCGAACAUGGGCGGCAUUGUAGGCGCCGGCCUUUUAGGAAACGAUGCAGGAUCUGAAGCCGCAUGGGCGUGGAAGGAUCCCUCGGCGUGGCAGGUGGGCGUGAAGAAUAAAGUGAUUAUGCCUCAUCCUCAUACUGAGACUGCCAGCCAUGACUUUGUGUCCGUAACUUGCCUCGAGAGCCGCGUGGACUGGCAGGAUGUGAUCGGUAUGAGACUGAUUCUCCGACAGCCUUCGCCGGUGUGGAGGACCUUCUUCAUCGAAGAGAUUACGGCCUACAGGGAGCUGCCGCGCCUUCUCCCCUUCAGCGUCCCCAUCAUCAACCAGGAUGGUCAGGGAGAGAAGCCACAGCCCACGCCUCUGGACCGCCUGAUUCAACAGACCCGUCGGGCCAUGCGCAUUCCCGAUGAAGAUUCGUUGGAAGUAAGUCUCUCCUUCGGUAUUCGUUUAGGCUCUGUGUGA